AUGGAGUCUGAUUCUGCUGUUCCAGUGGACAGGUCCCUGGGGUACCCUCACAGUGAUGAUGACAGCGAAGAGACCUGCUCAACCCAGGGUGACACCUCAGAGGUGUGGAAAGGAGCUCUCCUGGAUGGGGAGGAGCAGGCAGCUGCCUCUGCUUUCCGAGGCCGGGGAGCCUUGGCCAGGAUAGUCCGGCUGGUGCUGGUGCUGAGGGACUGGGCCAACAAGAGCCUGCACGAGGAGCGGCAGAGGCCAGACCCCUUCCUGGAGCGAUUCCAAGGCCCUGAGCUCCUGACAGUGGCUGCAGGAGCUGGAGAUGAGCCAGAGGACGGGGAGACUGAGAAGCUCAACAAGAGGAGGAAAUGGCAUUUCUUUGUGGUGGACCCUGCUGGGGACUGGUAUUACCGCUGGCUGGCUGUGAUUGCAGUUCCUGUCCUCUACAACUGGUGCUUGCUCGUAGCCAGGGCUUGCUUCACUGACCUGCAAGAGACCUAUGUUGUCCUCUGGCUGGUGUUAGAUUACAUCUCAGAUGCUCUCUACGUCGGGGACACCGUGAUCCGCCUGCGCACAGGGUUUUUGGAACAGGGCCUCCUGGUUAAGGACCUGAAGAAGUUACGGGAUAACUACAUCCACACCCUCCAGUUCAAGCUGGACAUUGUGUCUGUCCUGCCCACAGACCUGGCAUACUUUGCAGUGGGAUGGCACUGCCCUGAGUUGCGUUUCAACAGGCUGCUGCACUUCUCCCGUAUGUUUGAGUUCUUCGACAGGACUGAGACCAGAACCAGCCACCCCAACAUCUUCCGCAUCAGCAACUUGGUUCUUUACGUCCUGGUCAUCAUCCACUGGAAUGCAUGCAUUUAUUAUGCCAUCUCCAAGGCCAUAGGCUUUGGAGAGGACACCUGGGUCUAUCCCAACGUCACAGACCCGGAAUAUGGGCAUCUGACCCGGGGGUACGUCUACUGUCUGUACUGGUCUACGUUGACUUUGACCACCAUCGGAGAGACCCCUCCCCCUGUGCGGGAUGAAGAGUACCUGUUUGUGAUCUUCGACUUCCUCAUCGGGGUCCUCAUCUUUGCCACCAUCGUGGGGAAUGUGGGAUCCAUGAUAUCCAACAUGAAUGCCACCAGGGCAGAGUUCCAGGCAAAGAUUGACGCCAUCAAGCACUACAUGCAGUUCCGCAAGGUGAGCAAGGACUUGGAAACCAAAGUCAUCAAGUGGUUUGACUACCUGUGGACCAACCAGAAGGCAGUGGACGAACGGGAAGUCCUCAAGAAUCUCCCCGAUAAGUUAAGGGCAGAGAUUGCCAUCAACGUUCACCUGGAGACACUGAAGAAGGUGAGGAUUUUCCAGGACUGCGAGGCAGGACUGCUGGUGGAGCUGGUGCUGAAGCUUCACCCUCAGGUGUUCAGCCCGGGGGAUUACGUCUGCCGGAAAGGGGACAUUGGGAAGGAGAUGUACAUCAUCAAGGAGGGGAAGCUGGCUGUGGUGGGGGAUGAUGGAACGACACAGUAUGCUCUGCUCACUGCAGGAGGCUGCUUUGGUGAGAUCAGCAUCCUCAACAUCAAAGGGAGCAAGAUGGGCAACAGGCGCACGGCCAACAUCCGUAGCCUGGGCUACUCUGAUCUCUUCUGCCUGUCAAAGGAAGAUCUCAUGGAAGCAGUCACAGAGUAUCCCGAUGCCAGGAAGGUUUUGGAGGAGCGUGGCCGGGAGAUACUGAUCAAGGAAGGGCUGCUGGAUGAGUCAGCUGCAGAGGAAAGCACAGAAGGGAAGAGCAUGGAGGAGAGGCUGGACAGGGUGGCCUCGAACCUGGACACGCUGCACACCCGCUUUGGCCGGCUCCUGACAGAGUACAAUGACGCCCAGAUGAAGCUCAAGCAGCGCAUCAGUGCUCUGGAGUCCAAGAUGAGGCAGCAGGAACUGGAGGACUUCUUCUCUGAUAGCUCAGACAGUCUGCUUGAGGACGAGGAGAAAGCUUCAGCUGGUGGGAUGCACUGAGGGGGAGCAGGGGUGAGCUGGAUGAUGUCUGCCUUGCACUGAAACAGUGUUUGCUGUUUCACAAGGCAGAUCCUGUGGCUGCCUUGCCAAGGACUUCUCUCAGGUCCUCAGUGUUGCUGCUGCCACUGCCUUGAUGGCAGCUCCUGAGAUGGCUCCAAAUCAGGG